GACUGUGGUAACUAACAACGACCGAAGUAGAGACGGGCGACGACGAGUUGACCUAAACAUGGCGCCCUUGCUGGAUCAUAAAAUCGGCGAUGCUAUGUUGUCUUCUUUACCUUUGCGAUCAAAAUCGAUUCUCCUAACAUGUUCACUAAUUUUGGUUAUUUACUUGACGUCGCAGCCAGCUUUAGCCAAACCGAGUAGCCUCAAAGAGAUCACUGACGGAAACUGGGAAGACAUCUUGGCAGGGGAAUGGAUGAUUGAAUUCUUUGCCCCCUGGUGUCCGGCGUGCCAGCAGCUCCAACCCAUGUGGAAUGAGUUUGCCGACUGGGGGGAGGACAUGGGUGUCAACAUAGCGAAAGUGGAUGUUACUGAACAGCCUGGUUUGAGUGGACGAUUCAUUAUCACUUCACUUCCGACCAUCUACCACUGUAAGGAUGGUGUGUUCAGGAGGUACCAGGGGGCUCGCACCAAGGAUGACUUCCUAAGCUUUAUUGAUGAGAAGAAGUGGCAGGGCAUUGAACCGGUGUCGUCCUGGUUUGGACCAUCUUCCUUCAUGAUGAACACAAUGUCAGCUCUCUUCAAGUUGUCAAUGUUCAUUCGGCGUUGCCAUAACUACCUGACAGAGCAGUUGGGUAUUCCAGUGUGGGGCUCCUAUAUCAUCUUUGGACUGGCCACACUCUUCUCUGGCCUAGCCCUGGGACUGAUACUGGUGUUCAUAGCCGAUUUUGUCUUCCCAUCACGACGCUUUAACUCCCCAAACUACUACCAGAAGAAACAGACGAUGGAACAAGCCAGGCUUAUUCAGCAGCUGGAGGAAGAGCAGGAGGCGGAUGGAGAGGAGGAUGACGAUGACGAUGAAGAUGGAGAACAGGAGGAGGUCUGGAGGCGAGUGUCUCCAGGGGGCCGUCCCGAGGCCAGAGGGCCGGGUUACCCAGAGGAGGCCUUGCGAAAGAGGGUGGUUGGCAACCGUGAGGAGGAGGAGGAGGACUCCUAGAGGCCUGGAGGGGAACUGCAGAUGCCGCCUAACGCCCAUGGGAGACGCAGCGAUGAUGGGGUAGCAGCCCGGUUCGGGGCCUGGGCUCAUAUUUCUAAAGCGCCUCAGAAUAGGAGUAUUGAUCUAGGAUCAGUUUAGCCUUCUAGAUCAUAAUAAAUAUGAUUUACAUGAGCAGGGGUGACUGAUCCUAGAUCACCACUCCUACUCUUUCAUGCUUUAUGAAUAUUAGACCUGCAGCAGAGUUCACAGCUUACACAGUCGACGUCGUACUUCCUGUAUUCUCCCUCUGCUUCACCGGGAGUGCUCUGGAUUCUGACUGCUCUGCUUUCACCACAGGCAGUCUCCUGGACUGGAGGUGCUACCGCCACUGUACACUCACAACACUAGGGUCGUGUUCAUUGGCUAUCUUUUGAAGAGAACAGACUGGGAACAGGCAGGGUUUAUCCAAAUUUGUCCAAUCUAAAAUGCUCAUUUUCCUUUUCCAUUGCGUGCCCUAAUGAACCGAUUUUUAAAUUGGGUGUUUAGGUAUGGAGUUCAGUAGAAAUGCCCCCCCCCCCAAAAAAAAAUUGGCCACUUUUAUGCUAUGCAUUUAGUUUUUAUUGAAUCUUUGUGUUGAUUCAUGUUUAACAAAUGAUAUACAGCUUGUGUUUUGCGCAUUUCAUUGUAUGAUAUAUUCCAUGUGAUCUAAUAUGUACUUGUGUUUUUCUCCUUUUCACCGUCUCAGAAAUCCCAUAAUUUAUUUUCAUCCAAGUCUUCCAUGACAGACCGUGCAUCCACCCACCAUGCUACUCCAUAGUGGUUUAGAAUGGUUAAAUAUUGUGCAGAAGUACAUCUGGAGCCUCUUUCCCUCUCAUGAGUGCAGUUGGCAAGCUUUUAUACAGGAACCUGUGAUCAAAUCUCUUCGGGGCAGGGACUCUCCAUGUUUCCAUUUGGUCUUUAAUCAGCAAUUGCGCAAAGGUGUUGACUUGAGUUACAAUGCUCUGCUCUGGCUCUACAAGACUGGAUGGUUUAAUCUCUGCUGCCUGCCUGUUUUUUUUAAUUUAUUUUUUAAAUUAAGUUUCACACCAAUGUAUGAAGGAUUGUGGUGCUAAAUCUCCCUGGUGAAUGUUGUUCAGUAUGGAUUAUUAAAGAGCAACUGAACGUAUUAAGGAAUUUAUCCUUUUAAAAACGGCUGGUGUGGCAUUGGUAUAACUCAAACAUUUUUUCUAGUGUCAAAAUUGACUAUAAAGUGUAAAUGGGAUCAUUUCGCUAUUGAAGUCAGUCUCGUCCAUAACAGGUUUGCGAGAUGAUUAGGAAAAAAUGGUGUGUCGUGGAAUGAAGGGUUCAUUUCAAUCCUGCCCCCAAGUAAUCAUAAAUUUGAAGAACAAUGCCAUGGUCAAUUUGGUUUGACAUUGAAUAUCCUUAUGGGGCUAGUUAGAAUUACACAAGGUACAUGGGAAAAUAUUUUAAAAUAUCAAUACCGCCAGAUUUCAAUUACUUAAAUAUUAAAUCAACAGUAAAUUGUAGAAAUAUAUAUAGAAAGCAUUUGAGGCAACUAAAAGGUGUGCAAUAUGAAAAUUAUGUACAAUUUACAUGUCUAAUUUAUCGUCUAUCACUAUCCCAUAUGGCGGCUCAUAAUUGACCCAGCGUCGUCCAGGUUUAGCCGGGGUAGGCCGUCAUUGUAAAUAAGAAUUUAUUCUUAACUGACUUGUCUAGUUAAAUAAAAUGUUACAUUUAAAACAAUGAGAAGAAAAAUAGCACCAACAAUAGGAUAUCCAAAGUCAAACCAAUUUUGUGCCGGCUGAAGUUUGUUUGCUUGCAAGUAGUCUAGGCUACUCCCAGAUACAAGAUCUGGUUUGACGGUUUCAAGUUAUCUAGAAGGGUGAGUAACUGUACUGUUUUGUCAGAGUGAAAGUACAAACACUUACCUCAUUCGAACACCCACAUCAAAACAUGCCUCCAUAAACCAGGUCUUGUUCUCAGUUGCAUUUACCGAAUGAUGAGAAUUGAAACCGAGGCUAAAUCAGGAAGUUCAGCUUCGCUUUAAUACUGACUUCAUAAACAAGUGGUAAUUAGCAGUUAAGUCGUAAAUACCCGGUUGGAUGCAUUCAUGUGUUUUAGACUUGUUGAGAAACGCUGAUUGGUUAAUGGCCAACAAGCGGUGUCAACCAUAAACGAAAAGUACAGCUAUCAUGCUUGUGAACAGGUUGUCAUGUUCAAAAAAAAGAUUUAUUUACAUAUUUUUUUUUGCAUUUAAGUGCUGAAAGGGUAAGUUAUCGAGGUCAUAUUCUUAGUAGGUGACGUCAGAGGUCAGCAUGUGGGAGAAGUCGGAGCUCAGGGAUGAUAGACGAGUUUCCCGCUAGUAAUUAGCAGUUGGAGAGGUGUUCAAGCGGAUUUUUCCUAACAGGGCCAUACUGGGGCGCGUUCACAACACCAACCUGUUACAAAGAUAUUGUGCUGUAAAAUGUAAAUAACCUUGUUUUGUCAAUCUCCACUGUAAAGCUAAUAUCCACCCCUUUGUAAAGCUGGCAGUGGACUGUAAUUUUGGAUUUGUAUCUUAUGUUGUGUUCACCUGUGUGUGAUGUUCUUCCAUAUUAAUCAGAACGGUUUAUUAUUAUUGAUUGGUAAUGGGCUGUCAUGUCAGUCAGCCGUCAGACACAAUGCAUGCCCCUCGGCACCCUGCAAUUAUUAAGAGAGUUAUUUAAUAGCCUGGUCCCAGAUCUGUUUGUGCUGUCCUGCCAACUCCUAUGGUCACUCUGGCUCUUCUAUUUUGGACAAACUAUGGGUGUUUCUCAAUAUGCAUACUACUGUGCUCCUCACUCCCAUGCUCCUAGUGCAGUCUUUUGAGGGCAUUCUCUCUUUAUUAGGACGAGAGUGUGGAAACGCAUACAUUUUACAUUUGAGAAGCGCUGCACACUCCCGUGCUACUGCAUUACCUUUGACCUUUUUACAGUAAAUUGUGUCAUCAACAUGUCGGCUGCUCAUCUACAGUAUGCUGGACUUUCCUGGAUCACAGCUACCCUUGAUAACAUGUGAUAUGUCAAACAUUUGUAGAUCUGUACAUCAGAUUCCGUUUAAUAUUGCAUUAUUGUCAGUAAAGCAAUUGAGACUUUUUAAA